ACAGCACAUCACUACGGCCUUCCUAUAUUCUUGCCGUUUUUUCCUAUUAAUAACAUUGGCAUCAAGCAUCAUUUUUACCGACCAGGCCGGAGAAGCUAAGUUAGGUUUCCACAGUGAGACUAAAUGGCAGAGAAAUUCUCACACGUAACUACAGAUAUGUUAUGAAAAAGUCAGCGUCCCUCACGCCUCGACUUUCCCGCUCUUUAGCCUCGCACCUACACUAACCAACCAGACGUUAAAACGCUUAGGCUGAGGGCCUCACUGCUCAGCUCUGCCGUGGCCAAUCAGCGCCAGGGUUUGAUUAGCCCCGCCCCCACUGGAAUUCUCAGUCGAUAGGCAGAAAGUAAUCAGGCCUCAGCCAAUCACCGACGGGCAGACGUGAGUUUUUAAACGUGGGCGCGUUCUGUUUCUAGAAGCAAUUGCUGAUGUAACAUUCUCCCUUGCUGCUGUGGCUGCUGCCGGAGGAGCAAAUAUAAUGUCGCUGACACACUUAUACUUUCCACUGUUCCUGUCACUACUUUGACUUCCGGCUGGAAUGACUCGCGCUUCCUGAUCACAUGGGCCAGUGACGUCACGGGAGGCAUCUACGGGUCAGCGACAGGAGCUUUCGCGUGUGACGCCUAAAUCCAUUGUGCAAUACGAAUUCCGCCUAACAAUUGCCUCCUUCCUCUUCUCUGAUUGGCUAGCUUUUUUACCGGAACGUACCUUUGUGCGGGGGGAGCAUGUUUGGACUGAUCCUUCUCUGUGUGUGCCUGCUGGUGCCAAGUGUGUGCCCAGCCAGUCACACGCUGCAAUACGCUUUCACUCUGAUCUCUGAUUCGGCCCGUGCGUCCUACUUCAUCGUGGCGUUUGUGAAUGACGCGCAGAUAGGGAGGUACAGCAGCGACACGCAGCAGGUGGAGCCUCUACUGGACUGGAUGAAGAAGGGCAUCAAGCGGGAGCACUGGGAAACCAUGACUUCCUGGGGGAAACAUUACCAGAACUGUCACACCAAGGACAUGGGCUUCUUCAAGGAUCGAUUUAACCGCACAUACGGGGACAGAGGCCCUUUCAUUUACCAGGUGACGUUUGCGUGUGAGGUGGAGGAGGACGGCAGCGUCCGCGGCCACGAAGCCUUUGCCUAUAACGGGAACGAGUUCAUGUUCUUCGAUAAAGACAAGAUGCAGUUUGUGGCGGUGAGACGAGAGGCGGAGGUGGUAGCUCAGGUGUGGAACGGGCAGCAGUUCAGCGCCAUCAAGCACAAGAAGCACAUGGAGCAGGACUGCGUGGAGUGGAUGAAGCUCUAUCUGACCUACGGGAAAGGCCACCUGGAGAAGAAAGUUCGGCCCAAGGUGAAGGUUUUCCCUCUGGAGUCGGGCGACAGUGAGACAAAGCUUUGCUGCUGGGUGUUUGGCUUCUACCCCCGAGAUGUGGACGUGAGAUGGGUGAGGAACGGGACCCAGUUGGACUCUGAGGAGCAAAAGGAGAUUCUCCCCAACCCCGAUGGAACCUAUCAGGUCAGACUCACUGUCACCGCACAACCAGCAGAGCUCGACACUUAUUUCUGCCACGUGGAUCACAGCAGCGUCAAUGACACGCAGAUAUACAGCCUUCCGGAGCCCGGGAAAAGAAGCCACGCCCUCAUUGCCAUUAUCGCUUGUGUCGCGGUGACCGUUAUUAUCGCCGGGGUCAUCAUCGUACACAAAUGUCGCACGAAGGAAGAGAAUACGGAAGUAAAGUAAAAGCUUUAUGGGUUGUGCAAGUGCUCCGUCACUGCUGCUGCUGCAAAUUUCCCUACCAUAACGCUCACAAAAUGCCGAAAUCCCGGUUCCGGAUUCGGCCAGGAUUCUGCCUUUUUCAGCUGGAUUCAGAUCCUUCUGCCCGGCCAAACCGAAUCCGAAUUUGCCCAUAUUAAUUAUGGACCAGGAGGGAAAUCACGUGACUUUUUGUCACAAA